UUGACGUUUGCUUCGCGAUGUAAACAUUAUGAUGUGUCGCUUUUUCUUCGUAUUUUUGUCGGGAACAAAAUUAUUUUGUGAAAAUAGAAAGUAAUAUCAAAAAAUUUUAAUCUCAAUUAAGUGUUAAAACUGUACAAUCCAAACGAUGGACAUCACUUCUCUGUUUAAGGCCUCCGUGAAGACAGUGCGCCUAAAAUCGUCAGCCGCUACGUUUCCCGUUCCGAACAAGUCGAGAAUCCUGUCCAAAAAACCGAGCAGUGAGUUUUCGGAAAAGGCGAAGAAGAUUCGCUUCCAAAUCACCCAGCUGAAGAAUCUGUUAGUGGAAAACCGUGCUGCCUAUAUGCAAUUCGCCUACCAUUUGAAAAAUUCCGCACAAAUGACCGACGAGGAACGCGACAUCAUCGAUCGGGAAUCGGAAAACAUCAUCCGGAUGUGCACAGAGAUGCUGAACGAUUUCAAAGCGGAGUGCCGGAAGGCGAAGCGUAGCAAACAGAUGGCCGAAUUCAUGGAUCUGGUCCUGGAAGCAUUGUCCAGUUACAUGAACGCAGUCCAUCACAUUGCCAACGAGCAGCGUCAGUUUCGGAUACAGAGGGAACUGGAAACGUACAAGUUCCUCAAGCUCAACUCGGACAAGAAAUCGCUCUCCGCUGUUGUUCCUCCGAAGCUGCUGGCCGAUCCGCCGAUGAUGCAUGGUCUGCAGAGACAGAAUCAUAAAGGGGACUGGAAGCGACAGCAAGCGGCAAGCAACGACGAUGAGCUGGACGAUUUUGCGGAACGGGUGGAGGCUUCCGGAGCCAGGAGGGUUUUGCAGGACGAAGACUUAGAUAAUAGUAACUGUUUUUUGGAGGAGGACGAGCUCAGCCCCGAAGAUAUACAGAUUUUUGAAUCGGAAAAUGUGCAACUCUACAAUGAAUUGAAAGGCCUGUCUGAAGAGGUUGAGCAAAUCGAAAGGAACGUUGUGGACAUAGCUUACCUGCAGGACAUCUUCACGGAAAAGAUAUCCCUGCAAAAAACGGAUAUUGAUAGAAUUGCCAACACGGUGGUGGGUGCAACGGAAAAUGUAAAAGACGCAAACGAACAAAUCAAACAAGCAAUCCAACGAAACGCCGGCCUUCGGGUGUGGGUUCUGUUCUUCCUGAUUGUGAUGUCCUUGACUUUGCUGUUUCUCGAUUGGUACAACGAUUAGAUGUGCUCGAACGGCCAGGAUCGAAGUCGAGGAGUGUCUUAUUGUGAUAUAUUGUCAUCCACCAUGCUGAAAACGAAUCGUUGACUGAUCCAAGUUUGGAUCGCCAAAUUCUUCGUAGAGGAAAUUUAAGCGUGCAAUCGGGGCGAUCCAGGUAAAUAUUACACAAUUUAAAUCAAGCGCUACUACAAGCAUUUAAACGGUUUGUUUUCGACGAAA